CAGGGGCGCUGUUGGGACGGACCGGCCGGGUGCAACGCCGUCAUGGCCGCCGGGACCGCGGCACCCCGCGUCCUGAACGUGAACGUCGGCGUCCUCGGCCACAUCGACAGCGGGAAGACGGCGCUGGCGCGGGCGCUCAGCACCACCGGCUCCACCGCCGCCUUCGACCGGGCGCCGCAGAGCCGGGCGCGGGGCAUCACAUUGGACCUGGGCUUCUCCUGCCUGCGCACCGCCCUGCCGCCGCAGCUGGGCCCGGGCCCCGGCGAGCUCCAGUUCACGCUGGUCGACUGCCCCGGGCACGCCUCUCUCAUUCGCACCAUCAUCGGCGGUGCCCAGAUUAUCGAUUUGAUGAUGCUUGUAAUAGAUGUGACAAAAGGAAUGCAGACGCAGUCAGCAGAGUGCUUGGUAAUUGGGCAAAUUGCCUGCCAGAAGAUGGUGGUAGUUCUGAACAAAAUAGAUCUCCUUCCAGAAGGAAAGAGACAAAGUGCCAUUGAGAAGAUGACUAAGAAAAUGCAGAAGACCUUGGAAAAUACUAAGUUCUGUGGGUGUCCUAUUGUUGCUGUUGCAGCAAAGCCUGGUGGACCAGAAGCCCCAGAGUCUGAGAAUCCACUAGGUGUUUCUGAAUUAAUUGAGGUCCUGAAGUCUCAGGCUUACCUGCCAUCAAGAGACCCCUCAGGAAACUUCCUUAUGGCAGUCGACCACUGUUUCUCUAUCAAGGGUCAAGGCACGGUGAUGACAGGGACUAUUCUUUCUGGCUCUGUUAGCCUUGGUGACAAUGUGGAGAUUCCUGCCCUGAAGGUGACAAAGAAAGUCAAGUCUAUGCAGAUGUUCCAUAAUCCUGUGACUUAUGCUAUGCAGGGUGACAGAGUCGGUAUCUGUGUCACCCAGUUUGAUCCCAAACUGCUAGAACGAGGCCUGAUUUGCACCCCAGAAUCCCUUCACACCAUUUAUGCUGCAAUAAUUUCCCUGAAGAAAAUUCAGUAUUUUCGAGGAGCCCUUCAGACCAAGGCCAAAUUCCAUAUCACAGUUGGUCAUGAGACAGUUAUGGGAAGAGUGAUGUUUUUCAGUCCAGCCCCUGCUGACUUCAAUGAAGAAAUCAAAGAAAAUGCUUUUGAUUUUGAGAAAGAUUAUCUUUAUCAAGAGGAAUAUUUGUCUAAGGACUCAAAAUCUUCGGAGGAGAACAAAGAAAAUGACCAGGCAGGAGAAAUCCAGCUCCCAAGACAGCAGUGGGCUUUGCUGGAGUUUGAAAAACCAGUCACCUGUCCUAAACUGUGCCUUGUGAUCGGCUCCAAGCUGGAUACAGAUAUUCAUGCAAAUACCUGCAGGCUGGCAUUCCAUGGGGUACUGCUCCAAGGCAUGGAAGACAAGAACUAUGCAGAGACUUUCCUUCCAAAGCUAAAAGUGUACAAACUGAAGUACAAAGAAGGACAAGUGGAAAGGGUGAUGGACGAUUACAGUGUGAUCGGUCGCUCAUUGUUCAAAAAAGAAACAAACAUCCAGAUUUUUGUGGGUCUAAAAGUCAAACUAUCUACAGGAGAAGAUGGAGUAAUAGAUGGUGGGUUUGGCCAGAGUGGCAAGUUUAAAAUCCGAAUUCCAGAUGGCCUGAAGCCGGAUACCAAGAUGCUUCUGACUGCUGCCUCCAAGAAGAAAUCUAAGGCAGGGAAGGGGGAUACCACAAAAGAGGAUGAAAGCAGCAAGAAUGAUUCAGCCCAGCCUGUUGCCAUCUCUCUUCUGUUUAAAAGAUAUGUCUUUGAUACGCAGAAGAAAAUGAUUCAAUCCUGAGAAUGCUGAUGAGGCCUCUGGUCGCACCUGAAAGACCAGACUCUGAAAUGAAUUUGCUUGGAAUGUGUUUCUUGUCUGAACGCAUUAGACCUGUUCCUUCCUCACAAACAAAGCCUUGAAAGCGCCUGCUGACUAUCUGCCCCCUUCCAAAAUCUCUGCAGUCUGGUUUUGUUCUGACAGAAUCUGCUUCCUUUGUCAUCUUUGUGAUGCGAGUCCUUACAGCCUGUCAGAGAGCAUCACCUACCGUGUGGCCAUGUUCGAGUGUGCGUUCUAAUAAAGCUGUUACUUGGAAGAAUUGUUUGGAAAUUUCCCUUGAUUUAAGAAGUUUGCCACCAAUACUAAUCUAAAUCUAGUCAAGAUGUGAAUUUAUGUGACCACAAAGUGAAGCUGAUUAGUCUAGGCUUACUUCCCCGAGCAAAGUUGGGGACAGAAAGCACACAAUAUGAUAGGUGAACCCUGUAAGGGAUGUUUCCCAUUCCUCCAGCUGCAAUUCUGUCAGAUGCUAUCUGAGAGGUGGUAUGGAUCUUUUUUAUAAGUAUGAUUUGUAUCUUGAAAUGUUUUUCAUAUUAAACAUAAUGAUGUG